AUGAGGUUCCUCAAAGAACUUCGGGGGCGGACCCUUUACCGGGUGAUGAGCGUGUGCUGCUCGCUCUCCUUUUGCAUGUACGGGUACGAUGCCGGCGUCCUCGGCGGCGUGCAGACCACGAAACCUUUCCUCGAAGCGAUGCACCAUCCGACCGGCACGUACGUGAUUCCCAUGAUUGCGUCCUCGUACACCCUGGCGGCGGCGGUCUGUUCCCUGGCCGUGACGAUGCUCGGCAUGCCCCUCGGCCGACGGGGUUGCAUCUUGAUGGGGGACGCGUUCGUCAUCGUCGGCGCCAGCAUCCAGGCCUCGGCGUGGUCUGUCCCCCAGAUCAUCAUCGGCCGUGUGCUCUGUGGCUUCGGUAUCGGUUUCAUCUCCUGCUCCGUGCCGACCUACAUGGCCGAGAUGAGCAUCGACUCCAAAGAACGCGGGCCCGAGGUCGCCGUCCAGUGCGUCUGGCUCAUUUCCGGGGUCGCGCUCGCGUACUGGAUGGACUUCGGCUUCACGCGCAUGACGAACCAGGUGUCUUGGAGGUUCCCCAUCGCCUUCCAGGCCGCCUUCGCCACCAUCUCGAUCGUGGGCAUGUGGUUCCUCCCCGACACCCCCCGUUGGUACUACGCCAAGGGCCGGGAGGCCGAGGGCGACGAUGUCAUCGAGAGGCUCCACGAUCGACCUCGAGACGACCCGCGCGUUCAGGCCAUGAGGGACGAGAUCCUGGCCUCGAUCAAGCUGGAAGAGGAGGACGAACACAAGUUCAACCCGAUCGACUUGCUUUGGGACCGGAGUGACUUGAGAGCGGGUCGUAGAAUCAGGAUCUCGUUCAUGAUUUUGUCCUUGCAACAGAUGAUGGGAAUCAACCUGUCCGUGUACUACUCGACCGUCAUCUUUUCUCAAGUUGGCCUGUCGGACUUUUUGUCCCAACUACUCGCGGCCGUCAUGAACACCGGGUUCGCCGCGGGGACCUAUUUCCUUCCACCGACGAUCGAACGCAUCGGCCGGCGUAAGGUCAUGAUCUGGUCGGCCGUCGUCUUGACGAUAUGUAUGCUCAUCUUUGUCAUCAUGAUCGGUCUCCCGAACCCUUCGAUAGCCAUGCAGUGGACCGCCGUGGCGAUGAUUGUCAUUUAUAAUUUUGUCUUUGGGUAUGGAUGGAUUGGUGUCCCCUGGUUAUAUGGUCCCGAAAUCGCACCACUCAAACUUCGACAUCUCGGUGGCGCAGCUGGUGCAUUCGGCGAAUGGCUGUUCAGUUUCAUCACGGUGUUCGCGGGUGGUAUCGCCUUGCAAAACGUCGGUUGGAAGAUUUGGAUCUGGAUGUUGCUGUCUUGCGCGGUCGCCGUUCCAUUUGUGUACUAUCUAUGCCCAGAGACCACAGGAAAGACUUUGGAAGAAAUCGACCUCAUCUUUGCGAAACCGGAUAUCCGAGAUUCGGCACUCGCGGCGAGAAUGGUACACGAUCCACGCAACCACGGAGACGCCGUCAAACUUGACAAUGUCGAAUACGAGGAGAAGGAGGAUGUGUGAGAUGACAUGUGUCGUGACGUUUCGGGGUUUGGUGGGAAGAAACGGAUGGUAAUCGGGGUUGGGUCUGGCUGUUCAUAGCUCAGCAGUCGUCUUGGG